GAAAUGACUGCUCCUCGAGGGUGUCUUCUUUGCACCAAGGCUCGCCGAAAAAGCUCAUGUAAUGCGGACCGAACGGUCUACGCAUGACGACCCUUGAAUACAGAUGGACACGAUAGCACAAGGUAUUUACGGCCGCGAUCCCGAGUCUUGAGACAGAGGAAUCCUCGGUGCUCCGCGCUCUCUGCUCGGCGAUGUGUUCGUCGUGUCUCUUUCCCUCUGCAAUGGCGCAUAUAAGUAGAGAAGCCCCCAUGCUACUCGCUCGGCAUGGUCAAGAUGCUGUUCCUCCUCGAGCUCCUGGCUCUCGGGAGCCUCGCGCUAGCUCAGAACACCUCUGGUUCGGCCUACCCUAACACUGACGUUGUCAUCGUUUCGAACAACGACCUGAACCCGUCGAACCCAAACCGUGCCAGUGCCUUGUUCUUGACGAGUUCGUUCACUUGCGCGGAGGCCUAUGUGGCUUGUGCGCAGUUGCAGGAGACACUGCUUCCCCCGCCUAACAGUACGGGUCUCGACGCACAGAACCUAUCCGUGGUGCUUACUUCGGAGAGACACGGUGCUGCACUCGAUGCGUCGCAGCAGAUUUGGAUUGGUGCAGAGGACCCGAGUAGUUGCUCAGUCUUCACACCGAGCUAUGAGUAUAGUACAGACGACUAUCCGGGUCCCUUCAACCUCAGUGCUGACAUCAGCGCUCGUCUACCCGUGCUCUGCACGAACUCCGCACCGCUCACGCGCUCGAACGUCACCGCCGACACGUCGCGCCAGAUUGAGCUCUCUACUCCUGCAGCGGGUACCCUGAUCGGCUACCGCGACAAAUUCAGCUUCCGGUUCUUGGGUAUCAAGUACGCUGAACCCCCGACCGGGGAGGCGAGGUUUCAGCCUCCUACACCGGUGGCGGCGUCCCCGUACACAGUGCGUUCCGCGCUGGAGUAUGGCCCCGCUUGUGCUCAGCCUCCGGAUGCCGACAAUGGGCACGAUUGGUACGACGCAGAGGACUGCCUGCAAGUCAAUGUCUUCUCGCCCGUUGUCAACUCUGCCACGAACUCGGUGCAGACUGCACCCAAGCUUCCCGUCAUGUUUUUCAUCCAUGGUGGCGGCCUGAACACAGGCGACAGCGGUCCGAUUCCCUUCAACGAGACGACGAGUGGCUACGUCGGCCCGUCGACCUCGAACAUCUUCGACGGUACCAACCUUGUGUCGUACGGAGGAGUUGUCCUUGUGACCGUCAACUACCGCCUGACUGCGUUCGGGUGGUUCAACGCCUCGAAUGCGGCUCUGAGGGAUACCCUCUUGGCACUGCAGUGGGUUCAAGACAACAUCGAGGCUUUCGGUGGCGACCCCACGAAAGUGCUCAUCUUCGGAGAAUCCGCGGGUGGCGGUAUGACGAGGUAUCUACUCGGGACCAAUCCGGCGUACACUGAAGGCCUCUUCAGCGCUGCCAUCCUGGAGUCUGACUGGCCUACGAGCAACCAGUUCUACUCGCCUGCAAGAUCACUUGAAUUGUCUCUUACGCUUGCCAAGGCGCUCGGAUGUGCGGACAACUCGUCGACAGAGUUCAACGAAACGAUGGCGCUCUGUGUCCGCGCCCUUCCUACCAUGGACAUCGUCGCGACCUCGUAUGAUCUCAAUCUUUCGUGGGAAAUCAUCGUAGAUGGCGACCUCGUCCUGACGGACAUAGCUAGCAGCAUCAAGGACGGAAACUACGGGCGCGUCCCGACCAUCUGGGCCACGAACGAGUGUGAAUACUGUUUCUUCAUUCCUGAUUCAAUCCCCACGAACGCGUCGCCGUCGGCCUUCCCCGACAACCUUGAUAUAUGGUUCAACAGCACGCAGGUGCAGAAGAUCCUUGACGCCCCGCCGGACCUAUACCCGUACGCGACUGCUCCAUCCGAGGACGGCAUAGACGGCACAGUCCUGCAGCUCGCACAACUCAUGACCGACUGGUACCUGCACUGCCCGAUGCUCUACCUCUCAUCUUUGGCUGACAACACCACGAACCCGGGCAACAACUACAAGGUGAUGUUCGCCGUCGGCCUUGGCUCCACCAUCACUGCGAAUCCUAGGACGUGCGUCGGGCAGGUUUGCCAUGCCGAUGAACUGUACUGGGUGUUCGCCACCGCGGAGACGGACAACCUGUACCAACCGCUGACGCCCAGCGAACUGGCGACUACGCAGGAGGUGAUCAAGCGGUGGACGUCCCUCGCAUGGACCGGGAAUCCGAACUAUGAAGGCGCCGUUGUCGAGUGGCCCCCGUAUACAGGCGACAACGAGGUCAUCAUAAACGCUACCGCGACCGAAACGAUCGAGCCGUACCGAGUCGCUCAAUGUGACUUUAUCGAGAGCCAGCUCGGGUUGGUGUUUGGGCAGUCAUGAUGAGGCCUCCUUGCUUGCCCUCAGGCUGGGCGUGUGAUUCUAUGAGGACAGUGCAUACGCGUAUGUCUCCAGAUGUCUCCAUUCUGUCGCAAUGCAUCUCUAGUUGGGGCUACAUGGGGGUGCCGCGGGUCGGCGGAUCAGGUUCAGACACUUGCUCGUCAAAAAGAAAAAUGAGCUGAACCCUGCCCGGAUUGAACGGACGACCUUCUGGAGAUUCUGAUAAGCGGGCGCUUAAUGUGUAUCACGUGACGCUCUGGAAUCAGAUGC